CUUGCUCAGAUUAGUCCGAUUUGUCGAGAUCCUUGCAAGACGUGGGCACCUCUGGUUUACAGGGCCCCAGCCGGCCUGAGUUAAGAGUGUAGUGGUACGUGCAGUGACAGCCGAAACAUCUUGUGCAAGCGUGUGUGUGCCAGUGUAACAAAACGGAUUCGAACACUUUUGUUCAGUACCUAGACUCUAUUAGCGCCUAUGGUGCGAUGCUCAGCUGGCUGGGUCUAAUUGGGAAUGUGCAGUCCUAACUUAAAUUUUGGAGGUGUUCAAUUGGGUCCUUCUGAGGCCUGGUGCUGUGAAUGCACCUUCCGUGUUAAAGACGAAACUGAAAGCCGAAAGGGUAGCGGGAACUCGGGUCGGCUGGUCCAGGGCCCAGCAAGUGCAUUUUCCCUAUUCCAGUGCAAGUGGCACCUCACUCUCAACGCUGAACCACCUUGGCUACGAGCAGAGUUGUGUUAAUUCUACUGUACACUCCAACCUGCUAACUAGCGCUAUCCAGUCUAACGCUGACCCCGACCGGAUAUAGGCUGCCUCUUUGCUUAGUUGAACGAGUCAACCUAGAACGCUUCCUGCAGGACAUUUAUCCUGUGAUUGAUAAUUGUAAUUUUAAACCCCAUUAGAAUCUUCCAUUCUUAUAUAUCUUCUUAAUUACUAUAAAAACAUCAACUUAACAAUGAAGCUCACCAAUCUGGAUGAACGUAUCCAUGUCCUCGAUGGAGAGACAACUCCCUCGUCCGUCUUGCGGGCGAUUUGCCAAUCUGGCAUUCAGGAAGAAGCCUUUUACAUUUGCGAUGCUGACGAUAUCAUUUUCAAGUUCAAACAAUGGAAACUUUUGCUUCCACGCGUUAUACCCCAUUAUGCUGUCAAAUGCAAUGACAGUACUGUCGUUCUUGAAAUUCUGGCUGCUCUUGGCACUGGUUUUGACUGUGCUUCCAAGGGUGAAAUCAACAAAAUUUUGGAUUUGGAGGUAGACCCAAACCGUAUCAUUUUUGCCCAUCCAUGCAAACCUGCUUCUCAUAUCCGUCAUGCUGCUGCCUUGGGUGUCAACUUGACAACUUAUGACAAUGCCACUGAACUUCACAAAAUUAAAACCCUUCACCCCACCUGCAACCUUGUUCUCCGCAUGAGGUGUGACGCAUCAUCCUCCUGCUCUCAGCUUGGAAUCAAGUAUGGGUGUGAUCCUAUUGCUGAGGGACCUUAUCUUCUGCAACUGGCUCGUGAUCUUGGACUCAACGUUGUAGGUGUAAGCUUCCACGUUGGCUCUGGGUGCAAGGAGCCAGCUGCAUUCCGUAGGGCGAUUUCUCUUGCAAGGGAUCUCUUUGAUUUGGGCACUGAAUUGGGAUUCAAUAUGACCCUCCUUGAUAUUGGUGGAGGCUUCCCUGGUGACAACAAUGUCAACUUUUCUGAGUGUGCUGAUGUCAUUAAUUCUUCUUUGGAUGACUUUUUUCCAUCCCCUGAAAUUCAAGUCAUUGCUGAGCCUGGCAGAUACUUUGUUUGCUCUGCAUUUACUCUAGCCACUAACAUUCACUCUAAAAGAGAGGUUCGUUCACCAGAUGGCAACAUCUCAAGUGUGAUGUAUUACAUUAAUGACGGAGUCUAUGGAUCCUUUAAUGCAAAGUUGUAUGAAGAUGCUAUCUUUCAUGGAGUCCCAUUGGACACUCCCAAAGCUAAAUUACUCCCUUCAUCAAUUUGGGGCCCUACUUGUGAUGGCAUUGACAAAAUAGAAGAAAAUGUUCUGUUUCCUUUGAUGGAAUUGGGCACCUGGAUUAUUUAUUCUAACUUGGGUGCAUACUCUGUACCUGUUGCAAGUCCUUUCAAUGGUUUCCCUGUACCAAAAGUGCACACUGUGUCCUCUCAUGCAGCUUGGAUGCUUUUGAGGGAGAGGCUCCCAUUGUCUCCUGAGCAUUUUGUGGAGGGAAACACUCCAGCUAAUCUCUGUAUGGGAUUAGAUCUUGGUGGUGCUGCCCCCAUCUCUGAAGUGGCUCGUCUCUCCUUGUCCGGUGCUAUUCCUGAUCUUUCUAUCUCGCGUACCUCAUUGGAUUCCCAAGGCUCUUCUGAAAACAAUGCCCACGAUAUGUCUGACAUGUCAGACAUGUCAGGUUAUGCUCCCAUGAUGUGUCGCCGUGCUUCAGUAGUGGACAAUUCUGACAUCUCGGGAACCUCUCCAUUGUUCAUUGAAUUUAUUCAAGUUGGUCCUAUGGAUUGAUUCCUUAGUAAAUUCCUCCCUUCUUUUAAUGUUGAGUUCACACUCAAUUGAUACAAAGCCUGAUCAUAAUAUCAAUUUUUAUUUAGGAUGAUAUAUUACAAUUUUCAUCGGAUAUUUUAAUCUGAUGUGAAAUUAUAUUCCAACAAUUGGGACCUAAAGUGACAUGGCCUACAGGUCAUGAAUUUUGUAAAUGCCAUUUUAUUUCUUUCGUUGAUUAUUGCAGAAAUGAGUUUUCUGUUUCUCUCUUAGUUUUUCCUUGGGUGAAAUGUACUUGGUUUGCUUUUAAUGAUCAAAGGGGGGAAAAGGUACCUUUUAAGAGUCCAUUGAUGUGCCUGCUGUGUUGACCAUCUCUUGGAAUUCUUUUCCUCAAUCAGAGAGAGGUAUCUUGAGUAUCCAAUCAUCUGAAACAUCUUGAUAUUCAUGUCUCUUAAUAUUGUAUAUCCUGAACUAUUUUUACACUUUUCAAUCUUAAUUGUUGUCAAAAAAGAAAAAAAAGGCCAGCUUCUAAUAAGGCUGUAUGCUAUUUGUUAAAUCCUAACUAAUCAUGUACUUACUCAAAGACUGGCAAUGAAAUUAUGUCUUAAUCAUUCUUGUGUUUAAUGCAGGGUAUUACAUGUAUGUACGUAAGUGAAUAUGGAAACAAUUUUCUGAGCACAAAAUGUAGGCAUGUCAGGAAUAGAUCUUUUUGUGCAGAAGCCUAUUGUCGGAUUUGAAUUACUGAUGGUCAGCAUUGAUUUUACUUUCAGAAUCCUUUUUUAUCUUGUAUCUUAAUUGAAGGGGUUAUUCCAUUGAAGUCCAACAUGUGAUGUCAUGGGUCAAAUUUUAUUUCUUUGUGUCUGUACCAGUUGUGACACGUAUCCACCAGUUCGACUAUUUGACUGUUCUCCCAAUGUUGUACUUCAUCCAUUUAUGUCUUUAUUUUCUCUUAGUUGUAAAGACAUUGGUCACAAACUAUUGUCUGCAUCUCAUUUUGUCAUUUUAAAUUGGGUGUGUUUUUAUGAAUCUAGGUGAAACGGUUGCUUUAUUGGGGUUUAUUGAUAUGAAUAUAUAAUCAUAGUGUUAAUGUAAUGAUAAGAGCUGUAUCUGAUCCAGAAGUUUCUGCAUAGUUUAUUAAUAUAAACUGUUGCUACUUUGUACUUACUUCAGAUACAGCUUGGGAAGCGUUUUAGGGGAAAGUUCCCUUAAGCAAAGAGGCAGCUUGGCUGGAAAAUGUGGAUUAUUGUAUAUUUUUUUUUCCUUUUUUUUUUGUGGUAAUAAAUAAACUGUUGUCUGUAUUGAUGACACCAAAAUUUGA